AUGGCAGCAAUUGCUGUCAUUUCUUGGGUAGUAAAGGGAAAGAAAGAGCCCCCUACGGAUCUUGAUUUAAGGGAAAGAAGAACUUUGCCAGACACUGAAGGGACGGGGAUCUCUCCUCCUAAUCUGGGCUUCCUGACAUGGUUUUGGCUUUUUCAGGAUGAAGAGACUCGGCACAGCCUUGAGUGCAUCCAGGCCAAUCAGAUCUUUCCCAGGAAGCAGCUGAUCCGGGAGGAUGAGAAUCUUCAGGUUCCUUUCCUUGAACUUCAUGGAGAGAGCACAGAAUAUGUGGGCCGUGCUGAAGAGGCCAUCAUUGCGCUUUCUAAUUACAGACUUCACAUCAAGUUCAAGGAGUCACUUGUAAAUGUUCCAUUACAGCUUAUAGAAAGUGUUGAAUGCCGAGACAUAUUUCAACUUCACUUGACUUGCAAAGACUGCAAAGUUAUCAGGUGUCAGUUCUCAACCUUUGAGCAGUGUCAAGAGUGGCUUAAGCGAUUGAAUAAUGCAAUACGACCACCAUCUAAAAUAGAAGAUCUCUUCUCAUUUGCAUACCACGCGUGGUGCAUGGAAGUCUAUGCUAGUGAAAAAGAGCAACAUGGGGACCUGUGCCGACCAGGGGAGCAUGUAACGGCAAGGUUUAAAAAUGAAGUGGAGCGGAUGGGUUUUGAUAUGAAUAACGCCUGGAGGAUUUCCAACAUCAAUGAGAAGUACAAGUUAUGUGGUAGCUAUCCACAGGAGCUCAUAGUGCCUGCCUGGAUCACUGACAAAGAACUGGAAAGUGUAGCAAGCUUCAGGUCAUGGAAACGCAUCCCUGCUGUUGUUUACAGGCACCAAAGCAAUGGAGCAGUCAUCGCCCGCUGUGGACAGCCAGAGGUCAGCUGGUGGGGCUGGCGAAAUGCAGAUGAUGAACACCUAGUACAGUCAGUAGCCAAAGCUUGUGCCUCUGACUCCCGAUCAAGUGGCAGCAAGCUGUCAACUAGGAACAGUUCUCGAGACUUGCCCAAUGGGGGAGAUCUUUCUGAUGUGGACUUUGAUUCUUCUCUGUCAAAUACUUCAGGAGCAGAGAGUUUAGUUAUCCAACCACAGAAGCUUUUAAUCCUGGAUGCACGGUCUUACGCAGCAGCCGUGGCAAACCGAGCCAAAGGUGGAGGCUGUGAAUGCCCAGAGUAUUACCCGAACUGUGAAGUAGUGUUUAUGGGGAUGGCAAACAUUCAUUCUAUUCGGAGGAGCUUCCAGUCCUUGCGGUUGCUGUGUACACAGAUGCCAGAUCCGGGAAAUUGGCUCUCUGCUCUUGAAAGCACAAAAUGGCUCCAUCACCUGUCUGUGCUUCUGAAGUCGGCACUUCUGGUGGUGCAUGCUGUGGAUCGUGAUCAGCGACCGGUGCUGGCUCACUGUUCAGAUGGUUGGGACCGGACCCCCCAGAUUGUGGCAUUGGCUAAACUAUUGCUCGAUCCUUAUUACCGAACCAUAGAGGGUUUCCAGGUUCUUGUGGAGAUGGAGUGGCUGGAUUUUGGCCACAAGUUUGCUGACCGGUGUGGUCAUGGGGAGAACUCGGAUGAUCUGAACGAGCGUUGCCCAGUAUUUCUGCAGUGGCUUGACUGUGUUCAUCAGCUUCAGAGGCAAUUUCCUUGCUCUUUUGAGUUCAAUGAAGCAUUCCUUGUGAAACUGGUGCAGCACACCUAUUCCUGCCUCUUUGGAACAUUCCUGUGCAACAACGCCAAGGAGAGAGGAGAAAAGCAUACUCAGGAACGGACCUGUUCUGUGUGGUCGCUUCUUCGGGCAGGCAACAAGGCUUUCAAAAACCUACUGUAUUCUUCUCAGUCAGAAGCCGUGCUGUACCCAGUGUGCCAUGUGCGUAAUCUGAUGCUGUGGAGUGCAGUGUACCUGCCUUGCCCAUCCCCCUCCACCCCUGUGGAUGACAGCUGUGCACCUUACCCGGCCCCAGGCACCAGCCCUGAUGAUUCACCCCUGAGCCGGCUACCAAAGACUAGAUCAUUUGACAAUCUGACCACAGCCUGCGACAAUACAAUGCCUCUGGCCAGCCGGCGUAGUAGCGACCCGAGCUUGAAUGAGAAAUGGCAAGAGCAUCGGCGCUCGCUGGAACUGAGCAGCCUGGCUGGCCCUGGGGAAGAGCCACUGGAGGCUGACAGUCCAGGGAAGCCAGCCAAAGUGCUGGGGGGCGCUGAGCUCUCGGUUGCAGCUGGAGUGGCUGAGGGGCAAAUGGAGAACAUUUUGCAAGAGGCCUCCAAAGAGGAAAGUGGGACUGAGGAACCUGUCCACAGGGGGGAUGCUGAGAUACAGGAGGUGAAAGAAGAGGCUCUCUCAGAAAUAAUGGAGAACAGGAGGAAGAUGCUGGAGGGCUCAGCCUUUGCAGUUUAUAACGAGCCAGAGCUGGAUGAUGCUCCAGUCACAGAUCUGUCUGUGUUCUCACAGACUCCUCAACAGCCAGGUGGGCACAGUGUUCUCGUCAGUCCACUCCAGGAACCCCUUGUGGGAGAGGACUUGAAGGUGAGCACAGUGGAGCAGCCUCAAGCAGGCAGUAUUCCAGAGGACAGGGAGCAGGAAACAGUUCUUCCAGUCGCAGUAGAUGUAAAAGUUGGUUCUGGUACCUCACAGUCAAGUUCUCUGCUGCACUCCCAAGUCCCAUUUGAGAUCCCAGGACCAAAUGUGGACAGUUCCAUGGAUGUAUUAAUGGAAGAUAAGGUGAAGUCAGAAGAUGGGCCCCAAGGCCAUCAUAGACCUUGCUUGGUAAACAGUGGCAGAUUCAGUGGUAAGGACAUGGUUGCCCAAGCCAUGGAGCCCACGAUUUUGGAGAGGAGCCUGGCUGAGAGGCCCCCAGUGGGGUCUGAGGCGCACAGAACUUCCCCUGGUCGCACUCACAGCCCAACACGUUCCCUUUGUGCCUUGCCUUUAGAUGAAUGUAGAGAGGGGCUUCUUGUGGUAUGCAAUGGUGCCCCAGAAUCUGAGAACAAGGCCUCAGAACAUCCCACAGGGCUUAGCACUCUGCAGAAGUAUCCCACACCCAAUGGGCACUGCGCCAAUGGUGAGGCUGGUAGGAGCAAGGACUCCUUGAGCUGCCAGCUCUCUACUAUGAGCUGCAACUCCACCCACUUACACUCGAGGAAUCUGCCCCACAAGUGGCUGCACAGCCACUCGGGAAAGCUGUCUGUGGCCAGCAGCCCUGAGCAGCCUUCUCGCAGCCACCUAGACGAUGACGGUAUGCCUGUCUACACGGACACUAUCCAACAGCGACUGCGUCAGAUUGAGUCAGGCCAUCAGCAGGAAGUGGAGACCUUGAAGAAGCAAGUCCAGGAGCUGAGGAGUCGCCUGGAGAGCCAGUACCUGACUAGCUCCUUACGUUUCAAUGGGGACUUUGGGGAUGAAGUGACUUCAAUUCCCGACUUGGAAAGCAAUCUGGAUCAGAACUGUUUGUCUCGCUGCAGCACAGAGAUUUUCUCUGAAACCAGCUGGGAGCAGGUGGAUAAACAGGACACGGAGAUGACCCGUUGGCUCCCUGACCACCUGGCCGCCCACUGCUAUGCGUGUGACAGUGCCUUCUGGCUCGCCAGCAGGAAGCACCACUGCAGGAAUUGUGGGAACGUAUUCUGCUCCAGUUGUUGCAACCAGAAGGUUCCAGUUCCCAGCCAGCAGCUCUUCGAGCCCAGCCGAGUGUGCAAGUCUUGCUACAGCAGCCUACAUCCCACGAGCUCCAGCAUCGACCUUGAACUGGAUAAACCCAUUGCUGCCACUUCAAACUGAAUCUUAGGUGAUCUGGGCUGGAGGCUAAGCUGCUGAUCC